CUGAUUGUAAGAGCGAAUAAAAAUCCCCAAACUCCAGCUAGGGAGGUUAAAUCAGGUCUGAAACCCGACUGAGCACAUAUGGUUGAGUACGAUCUCAAAAAAAGACAAGAAACAAGAAUAGAAAGGUGGAUACAACCGUUCCCUGCUGAGGAUUAACACUGGGAUCAACUCUCUGGGACGGGGGGAAUGGAACAGCUGUGCUCUGUGGCUUGUUGUUAAGGGGCCCUGGACUUACCCAUGUCUGUAUACUGCAGCUAGGAAGUUGUAAUUCUGUCCUGUUGAGCAUUUGCUAGAAGAGAACUUAACUCUUCACUACCCUCCACAUAUCUGAGACACACGUAUCAAACCGUUUCAGGUGCUCCACUUUUCCUCUUACUGCCAUAAGAAUGGGAGAUUAUGAUGACGUUACUGCCUUCCUGGGUCAGAAAGGACCUUAUUUCUAUAGGACUUUCUUUCUUCUGAACACACUUUUCAUCUCCACUGGAUUCUUUGGUCUGUUCAUUGUAUUUGUUGGAGCAACUCCCCCACACCACUGUUUUGUCCCAGACUCGGGCAACCUGAGCGAGGCAUGGAGGAAGGCCAUCAUUCCCAUAGAGGUGGUGAACGGACAGGAGGAGGAGAGCAAGUGCAGUAGAUACAGGCUGGAUGUGGUCAGAAACCUGUCUGCUCUGGGCUACAUCCCCGGCCUGGACGUCAACCUCACUGAGGUGGAGCAGGAGUACUGUGUGGAUGGAUGGAGCUACAGCAAAGAUAUAUACCAGUCUACCAUAGUCACUGAGUGGGACCUUGUAUGUGACAAUGAGUGGAAAACUCCUUUUGCCUCGUCGACUCUUUUUGUGGGUUUCCUGAUUGGAUCCCUGUUGUCUGGACAGCUUUCUGACAGGUUUGGGAGGAAGAAAGUUAUUUUCAUCUCUCUUGUUGCCCAGUUGGUCUCUGUGCUCAUUCAGGCCUUCUCUCCCUCAUGGGAGGUUUUCUGCAUUAUGUUCACGUUUGUUGGGGCCUCUCAGAUAUCCCUCUAUAUCAGUGCAUUUGUACUGGGAACAGAGGUGUUGAGUAAGUCCAUGCGUGAAGUUUUCACUACUCUGGGGGCUUUUCUGCACUACUGUAUCGGCUACAUGACACUGCCCUGGAUCGCUUACGCAAUGAGGGAAUGGAGAACACUUCUCAUAAUCCUGUCCAGUGUGUCCGUAGUGUAUAUCCCAUUGUGGUGGUUCAUCCCAGAGUCUCCACGUUGGCUAUACUCUCAGGGAAGAGUAGAGGAGGCUGAGGCCAUACUGAGAGACGCUGCCAAGAGAAACAGAGUCACAGCACCAGAGGUCAUCUUUAAAGACACUGAGUUGGACGUGGCAUCUGCACCGAAAAACAAAUAUAGCAUGAUUGACGUUCUGAGAACCAGCAACAUCAGAUGUGUUACAUUGAUGUGUUUGUUUUUAUGGAUGGCAGUAAACAUGGGAUAUUAUGGACUCUCGCUAAACACAUCCAAUCUGAGUGGAGAUCCUUAUCUAAAUUGUUUCUUAUCAGCUCUUACUGAAGUCCCAGCAUAUGUAGUAUCUACAGUGCUCCUCAGGAACUGUCAGAGAAGACCCCUACUGUCAUCGUUCCUCUUAAUAGGAGGAGGAAUGCUUUUCAUGAUCCAACUCAUCCCUGAGAAUCUGCAAGGUGUUGCUAUAGCUGUGGAGAUGGUUGGGAAGUUUGCCUUCACAAUGUCGUUCACCGUGGUCUACAUCUACACCGCAGAGAUCUACCCUACUGUUGUCAGGAGUGCUGGCGUCGGGGUCUGUUCUUCAGCUGCUCGGAUCGGGACUAUUGCAGCCCCAUACGUCAUCUACCUAGGGAGCAUUAACAAGUACCUCCCCUACAUUAUAAUGGGAAGUCUGACUGUCACCUCGUCCGCUGUGAACCUCUUCCUGCCUGAGACAUUCCGCAAAGAGCUACCAGAGACUGUAGAGCAUAUGCAGCAAUGCAAAGGUUUGUGCAGAAAAGAGCCACGGAAUGCCAAUAUCCUGAAGAAAGGAGGAGAUACCCCAGCAAUAUUAAAUGAGGUCAAACUCUGAUAAGAAACCCUGAAUUGCCCAAUCAGCUCUCCUUAAUAUGACUCAACAAAACCGUGCAAAGCAGGAUACGCUCUAUGAUAAUGUAGACGUAAUGUGUGGGGCACCAGAUGCUGCAACGCAGGACUGUACCACAGUCCAAGCUACCUAUUCUGAGGUGACAUGGUUAUGGAAAUGCUUGUACUGUAUAAGUGUGAGGAUUCCUGAUGGAACAGGGGUUCCAUUUUCUGUCAGCAAAUAGCAAUGUAUAACUGUAAAAAAUACAGCAACAAUACUGUAUUACCCACAACGGUUGCAGCGAGAUUUAUCUCAAAACUUAUUUUUUUAUGAUGUCCUUGGUAAAGCUGAGAAUAUUGACUUGGAUGUAAAGUAAACAAUGUAACAAUGUGUUGCACAUGAUGCAAGAGAGAGCUGAAGUAUUCUAAAUGAGUUUUGAUUAGGGCCAUCCUGCCUAUUUACAGUAUAUUCUUACCUUUACUUUGGGUAACUUUUUGCACUGGAAAAGGCUGUUCAGAAAAGAAUUGGUUAGACUUGCUUGUUGUUUUGCUCUGAGUUAGACCGCUGUACAGAAUAUGGUGUUUGUAGGUUAGAGGGUUAGGAAUUUUUGUUUGAAAUAAUGUGUAUGUAUUGUUUUGCUGUGGCACAUGGCCAAUAAUGAUUUCUAUUAGCAUUGCUGGUGAACUAAUAAUGAGGUAUCUUUCUCAUUCUAGUGGUGAGUACCGCAAAAAAUCCCUGAAAAGUGAAUAUUUUAAUAAACGUUUAUUAUUGUCA